AUGACUAAUCAACCACAUAAAUUAUUUUAUAAAGGAGCAGAUAACGAUUUCGUUAUAUUCAUUGAUUCACCAGAAUUAUUUCAAAAAUUCAAAAAAGGAGAUACCACUAUUCCAUUAAUUGAUAUAGUUUCUAUUUUCAAAGUAUUUAUAAAUAGACAAGGUGGAGCAGAAGGUAUAUUAGAUGAAGCAUCAAAACAAGAUUUAAGUAAUGAAUUUAAAACUUCAAAUGUUGAUGAAGCUAUCAAAAUAAUUUUAGAUAAAGGAGAAGAUAAACAUAAUAUUGAUGUUGAUCAUGGAAUUGCUUCUAAGAAUGAUUCAAUUGGUGCUGGUAAUACUGGUAAUUAA